AGCUGGUCUUUUCCCGGAAGUGCCGGGUGGGAGGGGGAUGGGCGUGGCGGCGGCGUAAGCGGCGCGUCCGUCGGACGGAGGCCGCCGUCAGCCAGAAGAGUUCGUGGUGAGCGGCUCCGCCAUGGCCAAGCUACGAGACGGUGGAGUGCCCCUACUGCGACGAGGCUGCCAAGUACGAGAAGCUGGCCAAGAUCGGGCAAGGCACCUUCGGGGAGGUGUUCAAGGCAAAGCAUCGGCAGACAGGCAAGAAAGUGGCUCUGAAGAAAGUGCUGAUGGAGAACGAAAAGGAAGGGUUUCCUAUCACGGCUCUGCGAGAGAUAAAAAUCCUCCAGCUGCUGAAGCAUGAAAACGUGGUGAAUCUCAUUGAGAUCUGUCGGACUAAAGCCUCUCCUUACAACCGCUGCAAGGGCAGCAUCUACCUAGUCUUUGACUUCUGUGAGCAUGACUUGGCUGGCCUCCUCAGCAAUGCCCAUGUCAAAUUCACCCUCUCCGAGAUCAAGAAAGUGAUGCAAAUGCUCUUGAAUGGCCUCUAUUACAUCCACCGGAACAAGAUUUUGCACAGGGACAUGAAAGCUGCCAACGUCCUCAUCACUCGGGAUGGUGUCCUGAAGCUGGCCGACUUUGGCUUGGCUCGGGCUUUCAGCUUGGCCAAGAACAGCCAGCCCAACCGCUACACCAACCGGGUGGUGACUCUGUGGUAUCGGCCUCCUGAGCUCCUCCUAGGGGAGCGAGAGUACGGGCCACCCAUCGAUCUCUGGGGUGCAGGCUGCAUUAUGGCAGAGAUGUGGACCCGAAGCCCCAUCAUGCAAGGGAACACGGAACAGCACCAGCUCACUCUCAUCAGCCAGCUCUGUGGAUCCAUCACUCCAGAGGUCUGGCCCAACGUGGAUAAAUACGAACUCUACCAGAAACUGGACCUGCCGAAAGGGCAAAAGCGCAAAGUGAAGGACCGUCUGAAGGCCUACGUCAAAGACCCGUACGCUCUGGACCUGAUAGAUAAGCUCCUGGUCCUGGAUCCCGCCCAAAGGAUAGACAGCGACGACGCCCUGAACCAUGACUUCUUCUGGUCCGACCCGAUGCCCUCCGACCUCAAGAACAUGCUCUCCACCCACAACCAGUCCAUGUUCGAGUACCUGGCGCCGCCCAGGAGGAGAGGCGGGCACAUGCCCCAGCAGCCGGCCAACCAGUGCAGGAAUACGACCGCCACCAACCAGACAGAGUUCGACCGAGUGUUUUGAGGACGGCGCGGGAUGUUUGUUUUAUUUAGUUUUUUUAAAAGAAGAAAUCAGAAUUUAAAGUGCUAUGAUUUGAAAAGACACUUUUCUUUUUUUAGAAGAAGAAGGGGAAAAACGGGACAGUGAAACGGUUGAGUUUCGGCCAUUUUCAACUUGAUUGUGAAACGUUGGAGGCCUCUUUUGCAGGACCAGAUAAAAUUAGAAAUGCCUAUACUGUAUCAACCACAGGAUUCGGCCAAACUUGAGGCAGCAGCGGAGUCUACGAAUUCCGCGUCCCUUUCCUGCUUCCUUGUCUAUGGGACUGAAGUGGUAUCAUUGAACCCUUUGGACCGAAUUGGCUUAAUCUAUCGAAAGCUCAAAUGCAACUGGAACAAGGGAUGGCUUUUGCCUGGACAGAGGGCAGGCACUUGCUUCUACCUUCAUCCUCUGCCCUAUAGAUAUUCUCUGGUGCCUUCCAGAUACGUUGGCUUACAGCUCCCAUGGCUGGUUGCGGCAUUAUGGGAGUCGCAAUCCAAGACAUUUAGAGAGCGGCAGGUUGGAGACGGCUGCCCUGUACUUGGACUAUUGUGUGUGGUCUCUGGCUUUUGCUGCUCUAGGUAGGCCUUCUGUGAGGAUGGAGGGAGGAAAAGAACUCCAGAGCCCAUCUUCCUGCGUCUUCUGUUUCUUGAGUCCAUUCUUGUGACUUUAAUGCCUUGCUUUCACGCUUUUGGGAAUGGAUUAUGAACUCCCCUCCUUCUCGGACCGCAUGCUGCGGUCUUCAGUCUCUUGCGGACUUUCUGCACUUCUUUGUUUUACAUUUUCAUUUUAAUUUAGCAGCAAUAGCAGCGGACGCUUUCUUCAUCUGGGUCUAGAAAAUAGGGGCAAGAAUUGCACAUUCCCCCCCUUUUCCCGUUUUGCUUGAAGUUCUUCUUUUGGGACAAAAUGUCUUUUAUGAACGAACCGUAUCAUGUUGUUUUUUCCUUUAAAAAAAGCUAACAAUAACAGUCUGAUUAAUGUUUUGUAUUGGCUUUCAUGUCUCAUGUUGUGCAAAACCCUUUCGAUUUGAUUUCGGUGUCCCAGUUUUGUUUUGGGGGGAAAAUAAAUAUAAUAACAGUAA